UUGCGCUUCGCUCACAUGUGGACGGGAUUUUAACAGCAGCGACGGGAAACGUGCUUCGAGUGUGUGUGUGUGUGUGUGUUGUGAUACAACCGCAGACAGACACGCGCGUGAUGAACCCCACACUUCGCUUAUACUACAACAAACCCGGACACCUGCCCAGUAGCCGCGCGAGCCUGUUUCCCCGCUGUCGUUCGCCCGUCCACACGCGACAAAUGGUAGGAUGGAAAAUCUAGAAUUGAGCCUGUCAUCACUCGGAACCAUAUCCAGACAUGUUGACAAAAGUCACAACGAACUCAGCCAGUAUCUGUCCAAACAGAUAUGGAGCCAGCAGGACAGACAGUGUAUUCUGGAGUGCUUGGCUCAGCUGCUGCUGGAGAAGGAUUACACGCCGCUGAUUGCGCGACACUUGCGCCCGCUGAUUCUGGACCUGUUGGAGCGGAACGCGGACAGGGUCAGAGUCGGCGGCAGGAUCAACCAUGACCUCCACGAGCGGCUGUGCGUGGCCCUCAGCAAGCUCCUCGGCAUCAGUCCUGAUGCACAGGCGUUUGCUGCAAAGUACUUCAACAGUGCACCACCAGUGUUUCAGAGGCUCUUCUUCACCAGCGAAGAGUCAGCCGCUGUCCAGUAUGGCCCCAGGAGGAUGAAGAUGCGCGACCUAAUGGGUGCCACCCUACGAUUCCUCCAGAGCGAUUGUGCCAAAUUUCGAAUGCUCUGGGACUGGAGUCCCUGUGUGCCCCAGCUGCUCACCAGUGACAUCAUGGUUCGAGGGUACACCGCCCAUUGUUUAGCACUGGUCUCUCAUAUGACUGAUAAUCAGAAAACCAUCUUUCUGAGAAAGGUGCUUUCAAACGACGAGAUCCUGCACAUGAAAAUUAAAGCGUUGGAGGAAACUCAGCAGCUGGAGGUUGAAAAGGCGCUGGUGUUAGCCAAUCAGGGCUCUGUGAUGUGGCGCCAGGAGAAAGCCAAUAAGUUUACGAGGGGCCAGGUGGUAUCGGAGGACCUUUCCCAGAAUGUUGUAGCAGUUUGUGGUGUUGUACUACCCAGGAUGGUUCCAAGACCGGCUGAACAGGUGAACCAUAAAGAUCUGGUGCUGGUGGACUCCACCUGCCGCAACCUGAGAAGACUGGCCCUGGCUGUAGCAUCCCAGAAGCCUGUACUCCUCGAGGGUCCUAUUGGAUGUGGUAAAACCGCCUUGGUGGAGUUCAUGGCUGCUGUCACAGGUCACACAAAAGCUACAGAGAUUCUCAAGGUCCAACUUGGAGAUCAAACUGACAGUAAGAUGCUGCUCGGGAUGUACCGUUGUACUGAUAUCCCAGGGAAGUUUGUGUGGCAGCCAGGAACACUGACACAAGCUGUGUCUAAAGGCCAAUGGAUUCUCUUGGAAGACAUUGACCAUGCACCUCUGGAUGUGAUAUCUGUGCUCCUGCCUUUAAUGGAGAAUAAAAAGCUGAUGAUUCCAGGGCGGGAGGAUUGCAUCGAUGUUGCGCCUGGAUUUCAGUUCUUUGCAACAAGAAGGACGUACUUCAGUGGUGGCAGCUGGCACAAGCCUCAGAACUCUCAUGCAGCGCUGCUGGACAAGUACUGGACCAAGCUGCAAAUGGGUAACAUGACGCGAGAAGAGCUGAAGAAGGUGCUCAUCAGCAGGUAUCCCAGGCUGACAGUGGUGGCAGACCGUCUCCUGGAUAUCUACUGUCAGCUGACCGGGGAGAGACACUCGGACCCGGAAACAAGCAGCCUGCAAACCGCUGACGACACCCAGCAGCACAUGUCUGAGAGCAAAAGCACACCGCUGGAGGGGAGAGCCCUGUCACUGAGGGACCUGCUGAAAUGGUGCGAGCGAAUUAGCGUCAACUUUGACAGCUCCUCCUCUGCCACAGCACAACAUGUCUUCCAAGAGGCUCUUGACUGCUUCACAGCCAUGCUGUCUCGUCCUGAAGGUCGACUGCGAAUGGCUGAGAUCAUCGGCAGCAAGCUCAACAUCUCCAAAGAAAAGGCCCUUCACUUCUGCCAGAUGUACCAGCCUGGCAUCUCGCUGACUGAGAUGGAGGUCUCGGUGGGCCGAGUAACUCUGGUUCGAAAGCAGACCGAAGCGGUGCAGCUGACAAUGGAAGGCCAGACAUUUGCUGCCACUCGACCCUCCGCUGCGCUGCUGGAACAGCUGGCAGUGUGUGUGUUCAAGGGUGAACCUGUUCUGCUGGUGGGAGAGACGGGCACGGGAAAGACCUCCACUGUACAACACCUGGCCAAAGUUACCGGACACAGGCUGCGAGUUGUGAACAUGAACCAGCAGAGUGACACCGCUGACCUGCUCGGAGGAUACAAGCCAGUAGACCACAAGCAGAUCUUGCUGCCGCUGCGCGAGGCCUUUGAGGACCUGUUCUCCCAGACCUACUCGAGGAAACAGAACCUCACCUUCCUUGGCCACGUUCAGACCUGCUUCAGGGGGAAGCGCUGGCAGGAUCUGCUCAAACUCAUGGACCACGUCUGCAAGUCUGCCCUCACUAAGGAGCUGCAGGAGAAAUCAAAUGCUUCCCUGCUGCAGGAGCAGUGGGAGGCUCUGACUGCAAAACUGAGUCAGACCCAGCAGCAGAUCCGAGCCUGCGAGACCGCCAUGGUCUUUGCCUUUGUGGAGGGAACAUUAGCUCAGGCAGUGAAGAAGGGUCAGUGGGUCCUGCUGGAUGAGAUCAACCUGGCAGCAGCCGAGACCUUGGAGUGUCUGAGUGGACUCCUGGAGGGCAGCGCCGGAUCUCUGGUGCUGUUGGACCGUGGAGACACCGAGCCCCUGGUUCGCAACCCAGACUUCCGACUCUUUGCCUGCAUGAACCCAGCUACUGAUGUGGGCAAGAGGAACCUGCCUCUGGGCCUCAGGAACAGGUUCACUGAGCUGUAUGUGGAUGAGCUGGAGAAUGAGGGAGACCUGCGGAUUCUGGUUUCGGACUACCUCAAGUACUUGAAUCCACAUAGGAAUGUCAUCAGCGGCAUCAUAAGUUUUUACUUGGCAGUACGAAAGGAGGCCAACUCACAUCUGGUGGAUGGGACAGGCCACAGACCCCACUACAGCCUGCGAACUCUGUGCAGGGCACUGAAGUAUGUGGCAGCAAACCCCUGCAACAGCGUACAGCGCUCACUUUACGAGGGUUUCUGCCUGAGCUUCUUGACUCAGCUGGACAGAAGCUCUCACCCUCUGGUCCAGAAACUGGUGUGUCAGCACAUCCUGAUGGGAAACACCAAGUGUCUCAAACAACCCAUCCCGGCACCCCCAGGCCAGCGCUGUGUGGAGGUAGAAGGCUACUGGGUGUCCCAGGGCGAGAUGGAGCCAGCUCUAGACCCGAGCUACAUCCUCACCGCAUCAGUCAAGCUCAACCUCCGCGACCUUGCCAGAGUGGUAUCUACGGGGACUCACCCAGUGCUGAUCCAGGGAGAGACGUCCGUGGGGAAGACCAGCCUGAUUUGCUGGCUGGCCGCGGCCUCCGGGAACCAGUGUGUGAGAAUCAACAACCACGAGCACACCGACAUCCAGGAGUACAUCGGCUGCUACUCGUCAGACGACCGGGGCAAGCUGGUGUUCAAAGAGGGCGUUCUGAUCGACGCCAUGAGGAAAGGCUACUGGAUCAUCCUGGAUGAGCUGAACCUCGCCCCCACCGACGUCCUGGAGGCUCUCAACAGACUGUUAGACGACAACCGGGAGCUGUUUGUGGCCGAGACACAGGAAGUCAUCAAGGCUCACCCCAGAUUCAAGCUGUUUGCUACCCAGAAUCCCCCUGGACUCUACGGUGGUAGGAAGGUUCUCUCCAGGGCUUUCAGGAACCGCUUCGUGGAGCUGCACUUUGACGAGCUGCCCAGUGGAGAGCUGGAGACCAUCCUCAACCAGAGGUGCCGCCUGCCUCCGUCCUACUGCAGCAAGCUGGUCAAGGUCAUGCAAGACCUUCAGUCCUUACGCAGGGGCUCAUCUGUGUUUGCGGGGAAACAUGGCUUCAUCACCCUCAGGGACCUGUUCCGCUGGGCAGACCGUUACAGGCUGGAGGAGCAGACAGAAGCCUCCCAGGACUGGCUACAGCAUUUGGCUGACGAUGGGUACAUGCUGCUGGCGGGGCGGGUCAGAAAGCCGGAGGAAGAGGUCACCAUCUUGUCAAUCCUGGAGAAGCACUUCAAGAGGACGGUGAACCCCGAAAACUUGUUCUCUCAGAAACAAGUGACCAGCCAGUUCAGUCCGUUCAUCGACAGCAUUGCUGGAGUUCCAGAGGAGUUCCGCCAUGUGGUGUGGACACACAGCAUGAGGAGACUGGCUGUGCUGGUCGGACGUGCACUUCGAUUCGGCGAGUCUGUCCUGCUCGUAGGAGACACCGGAUGUGGAAAGACGACAAUCUGCCAGCUCUUUGCUGCCCUGGCCGGACAGAAGUUUUUUGCAGUCAACUGUCACCUGCACAUGGAGACGUCUGACUUCUUGGGAGGCCUGCGACCUGUCAGACACACGCAUCAGCCUGAUGGUGAGGACUGCAGGCUGUUUCAGUGGCAUGACGGCCCCUUGGUGCUGGCCAUGAAGGAGGGUGGAGUGUUCCUCAUGGACGAGAUCUCCCUGGCAGACGACUCAGUGCUGGAAAGACUCAACAGUGUUCUGGAGACGGAGAAGUCCCUAGUGUUGGCAGAGAAGGGCAGUGGGGACAAUGACAACGUGGAGCUGAUCAGAGCAGCUGCAGGCUUCCGUCUGGUUGCCACCAUGAAUCCUGGAGGAGACUUCGGCAAGAAGGAGCUCUCUCCUGCCCUCAGGAACCGGUUUACAGAGAUCUGGUGUCCUCAGAGCAACAGCCGCACUGACCUGGUUCAAAUCAUCCAACACAACCUGCGCUCUGGCCUCUCACUCGAUGGCUGCGAUAUCGCAGAGCUGAUGCUGGACUUCAUCGAGUGGCUGACCCGCCAAGACUUCGGCCGACGCUGCAUCCUGAGCGUUAGAGACAUCCUGUCAUGGGUUUACUUCCUCAACACGGUGUGCGAGCGGGAUGAGGACGGCUUCAUGACAAUGGGAGCCCUGGAAGACGAAGAAGAAGCAGAGUGGGACCUCAGACUGGACACGGUCACCGCCUUCAUCCACGCUGCGUGUCUGGUCUACGUUGAUGGCAUCGGAUCUGGAACCACAGUGUCCAGUGCAGACAACGCCCUUGUGGCUCGCCGGCUGUGCCUGAGCUUCCUGCAACAGCGGCUGAGCAAGAUGACCAAGCUGGAUCAGGAGAUGCUGGACGCCCUGAGAGUCUAUGAUAGCAGCCUGCCACGGAAACCCCAGUGGGGUGACGACUUCUUUGGCAUUGACCCCUUCUACAUUGCGAUAGGGCCUCAGACUGAGAGCCGGAACCUGUCCGAUUACGCCAUCGCAGCAGGCACAACCGCGAUGAACGCCCAGAGGCUUCUGCGGGCACUGAAGCUGCAGAGGCCCGUGCUGCUGGAGGGCGCGCCCGGCGUGGGUAAGACCAGCCUGGUUGCGGCACUGGCGAAGGCUUCCGGGAACCACUUGGUGCGAAUUAACCUGUCAGAGCAAACGGAUGUUACCGACUUGUUUGGGACAGAUCUCCCGGUGGAGGGUGGGAAAGGAGGAGAAUUUGCGUGGCGUGACGGCCCCCUUUUGGCUGCUUUGAAGGCAGGUCACUGGGUUGUCCUGGAUGAGCUGAACCUGGCCUCCCAGUCGGUGUUGGAGGGUCUAAACGCCUGCUUUGACCACAGAGCAGAGAUCUAUAUUCCUGAGCUGGGCCUGAGCUUCCAGGUUCAGCACGAAAAGACCAAGAUCUUUGGCUGUCAGAACCCCUUCACCCAAGGUGGUGGGCGCAAGGGACUGCCCAAGUCCUUCCUCAACAGGUUCACACAGGUUUUUGUAGACCAGCUCACCAGCGGAGACCUGGAGUUCAUAGCAGACUCCGUUUUCCCCACCAUUGAUAAGGAAAUCAUUGCUAAAAUGGUGGACUUCAGCAACAGGCUCGUCCAGGAUGUGAGCGUGGAACGACGGUGGGGUCAGAAAGGAAGCCCCUGGGAGUUUAACCUGCGCGACAUGUUCCGCUGGUGUCAGCUGAUGCAGGCCGACCAGUCGCCUGGGUUUUUCAGUCCGGGCCAGCACGCAGCUUUGGUGUAUGCUGACAGGAUGAGAACAGAGGCUGACAAGGCUCAGGUGCUGUCUGUGUUCAGGAAGGUGUUCGGGGAGGACUCUGAGCCUUACAGCGGCUCCAGACAGUUCCACAUCACUCCACUCAACCUGCAGGUGGGAUUUUCGGUCCUGCAGCGCAGCGGCGGCGCCCCUGUGGCCCUGGACCCCCCACUCUCCAUCACACACCAGGCCCUGCGGCCAUUGGAGUCCCUGAUGAAGUGUGUGGAGAUGGGCUGGAUGACGAUACUGGUCGGCCCCACAGCCAGCGGCAAGACCAGCCUGGUGAGACUGCUGGCUCUGCUGACAGGACACCGCCUCAGAGUUAUGGCCAUGAACAGCGCCAUGGACACCACCGAGCUGCUGGGAGGCUUUGAACAGGUGGAUAUCAUGCGGCCCUGGCAACAAGUGCUAGAGAGCGUGGACUACAUAGUCGCCAUGGUAAUACGCCGUGGCCUAAUGUCAUUGGAUGUCGGCAUCCAGGACACAGAGUUCCUGCUGCAGACGUGGGGCCUGUUCUGCCACUGGCUGAAGGAGGAAGGGCUGCAAAAAACCGGGGGAACGGUGAACUCCGAGGCGCUGAACAAGCUGGAGGUCAUCAUCCUCCUGCUUCAGAAACUCAACACCAAGCUCAAAGUGUUCACUGACAUGUCAAAGCUUCAGAUGGACUUCACGCUGCUGAAGGAACGUCUAGCCCAGCUGGAGGACGGCUGGACAAACGGAGGCUUUGAGUGGUUGGACGGUAUGCUGGUCCAGGCCCUGCAGGCUGGUGAUUGGCUGCUCAUGGACAAUGUUAACUUCUGCAGUGCCUCCGUCCUGGAUCGCCUCAAUGCUCUGUUGGAGCCUGGUGGAUCCCUCACCAUCAACGAGCGCGGCGUCAUAGACGGGAAGACCCCGCAAAUCACCCCACAUCCUAACUUCAGGUUGUUCCUGACCAUGGACCCUGUGCACGGGGAGCUCUCCAGAGCCAUGAGGAACAGAGGCGUGGAGGUGUACAUCCCAGGGGAACACGAGGGGGUCUGCUGGGACGCAUUGGACCUGAAGACCGUGCUUCACACUGCCGGAGUGCCUGGGGACUGUGUGUGUGAUCUGCUGAUUGAAAUACAUAAAGGAAUCAAAUCUGCCAUCUGGGAUUCCCCUGCCUCAUCAGUGGCCUCUCUCCUCCAUGCUGGCACCCUGCUGUCCUGCCAGCUCCUCAGAGGUGUGGAUUUACCUAGCGCCCUGCAGCAUGCCUGCAGGGAGGCGUACUCGCUGUGCCAGCGUACAACUGCUAAUCAAAAGCAAGCCCAGCAGGUGAUCGAGCAGCAAUUGGCCAUCCUAGACACAGAGGACUGGGGCAGCGGGCUGCUGUGUGCCGGAGUGUGGCCUGACGGCUUUCCGUCCGCUCUCCUCUCCACGGAGGAUUCCUGCUUCUCCGCCGUUCUCCGAGAUGGACAGGUCCUGUCAUUUUGCCUGAACACCCUCAGCCUGCAAGGCAAAAGGAAUCGUCCACUGAGUCUAAGUGACUUGCAGAGGGCCUUGCAGAGCAGUGGCGUCCACGAAGGCCUUGUGUUCUCCGAAGGUGUGGUGGAUCUGGAGGAGGGAGACGCCCUGAGGCUGAUCCCCACAGCAGUGAGACUGGUCGCGGAGAGAGCCUCUCACGGAGACUGGAUCCUCCGCAGCAGCUGGCUCUCACACCUGGGGAAGAGCUACAAAUAUGCUCCGGAUUCAGCACUGGUCCAGGUGGAGGCAGGAAACAGGGCUCUGAAGGCUGUGUUCGGUAGCAAACUUGCUGCAAAGGGCAAGUCACUAGCGGAGUUGCUCCAGCCUCACAGCACAGAUGAAUACAGGAUUUUGGUGGACAUGCGCUGGAACAAACAAUAUCUGGAUAUUUUGGCCAAUAAAUGUAACUUUGAGGACGAGGAAAGAUACAUGGAGUUUCUGGAGGCACUGAACACGGUUGCCAACAGGAUUGUUCUGAUGAUGGACAGAGAGGAGAGAUCCAUCAUCUGCUCCUGUGCUAUCAACUUGUCUGCUCAGAACUGUGCUCUGAGGAUAGCCACAGCCUUCAGCAAAGGCUCUGUGGAUAUUGGUCACCUGCCUCAUCCAGUGCUGAUGCACCUCCAGGCUUUCUUUGACCUGUGGAGCUCCUUCACCCUGCAGGCCAUGCAGAGCGGACAGAACUACAUCUCCGACCACAUCAUGUUUGAGAUCCUGCAGUUGCUGCAGUGGCUCGACCGUUUCUGGGACGUCUGCAGCACGCUGCCGGCCGACUCUCAGGGCAUCUCUGUGCUGUCUCUGCACUGGCAGUGGGUGCAGAAACACCUCAUCCUCCGGCUGCCCCAGCUGCUGCUGGGAGACACCGACACCACUUUUGAAGGUCACCAGGAGCUGCAGGUGGUCUCUGCUGCCAUCCAGACUGUUCUGUCCACCCCGGUGUCUGUGACCACAGCACUGAAGGGCAUCCAGAAAACUCUGGGCAAAACUCUGCCAUUCAAGCUGGAGUCUGUAGGCAAGUGUGCGUCUCGGCUGCGGCUCCUGAGUAAAGCCUUAGAUGUGAGCGAUCUGAGGCUGGAUGGCACCACUGGGCCUUGGAGACAGGAGCUGCUCCGACUUCAGGGUGCUGCGCUCAGGCUGGACAUCAAAGAGAGUCUGCUGGAAGCCUCAGGCCUUGUUCUGCUGGCAAACAACCAGCUGGAUCCUCAGAAGUCUGGAGUUUUGGAGAGGUUGGUGUCGAGUGUGGAUCAGCAGCAGUGUCAGAUGACCUCCAGAGGUCUGUUGGAAAGCUGCCCCAUGUCCGAGGGUGAGGAGCCUGCAGGCGGAGUCCACCUGGCCAGAGUGGAGUUGCAGCAGCUCAGCCGCAGAGCGCAGCUCUGGCCCCUGAUGGAAGAACUGGCUGUGCUCAACCAGCUGCGACUCAGCACUGACCUGCUGCACUUGGCUCUAUCUCCUGGUGACCAAGAGGCAGAGGACAGCUUACGUCGGGAACUCUCCAGACAUCUUCGUUACUGCCUCCAGUCCACGCCGAUGAAUGUCAGUCAGCUGCAGCCGCUCUGGUUCCUGCUCAGCAGUGACAGGCCGGCUGAGGAGCUGCAGUUUGUGUGGUGCGAGCUGCUCUCAGAGGCUCUGGCUGCCUUGUGGACCAGCUAUGUGACCUCAGACCCAGACCGAUGGCUGAAAUGGGACCCAAUGAAUCCUGAGACCCAGCCCCGUCCAAAGCUGCCUCUUGGAGCAGAUAACAUGGGUCCAGCCUUGCUGAGUAAAGCGGUGUGGUCGCAUUGUGUGCUGGGAGUGCUGAUGAGAAGUGAGACUGGAGAUCAUUGGGAGCCGUCAGCAGCCGCACUGCUCUCCCUCUCCCACGUCACCCUGGGGGAGUGGCAGGAGAGGACCCAGCAGCUGCAUGACGUGUCUGCUGUGUUGUGGGACAACAUGGCCAUCCCUGCACUCGCUGAGUUCAGGGGCACAGACUUCAGACUCCAGGGCGUAGUCCUGCGUCGGCAGCUUCAGAGCAUGACCGACCUGCUGCCUCCCAGCCUGCAGGAGGGCUACAUGGAGAGCUGCGAGAGCCUGGUGGAGGAUGCUGACCCUCUCAUAGCUGCCCAGGAGAUCCAGACAGUCUUCAGAGACUUCCUUCCCCCCAAUCUGCUCCCCGACAGCCUGGUGGAGUCCUGCGUCACCUGCCUGCAGCAGUACGUUCAAAGCAAGGUCCAGGGCUCCAACUCGCUCGCCCGCUCCGGAGUGUUCUGGGUCAACAUGGGCCUGCUGCAGAUCAAAGUGUGGACACCACAGACCAUCUUUGACCCAGCUGUGAAGAGGGCCUACAAACUCAACUACGCUCAGCAGGAGCUGGCUCUGCUGCAGGAGGAGUGGAGAGGUCGCAGCCUGUCGUCUCAGCUGAUGACUGGAGCAGAGCUGGAGGAGAGCAGCACCACCGACGGCUUCCAGCAUCCUCGAAUCAGGUACCUGUGGAUCCGUAUGCAGCAGGUGAAGGAGCAGAUAGCCGAGCUCUCCAGGAAGCAGGCCUGCCGCCCUCAUGAACCCCAGUAUGGUCGACUCUUCCAGGACCUCCAGCACUACCUCUGCAGCAUCGGCCAGGCAUCCAGAGUCCAAGAUCUGCUCUCCCACCUUCUUAAGGCCAUGCAGGGCUCCUCCUCCAAAUCCAGGUCAUUUGUUCAGAGUCUGCUGAAGGAGGAGGCUGUGUGGCAGAACUCCCAGCAGCGCUUCUGCCAGAGGCUGCUGGAGGACUACCCCCUGUACCCUGACGUGGUCGGGCCAGUGCGGACUGGCAUCCUCCAGCUCCGGCACGGCAUGAGGCUGGUGGCCUCCCAGGUGGCCGCCUCGCUCACGCCCGUGCCAGGUCUGCACAAGCUUGUGUCCUGUCUGCUGGCCUUCCCCUCCAUGUCCCCCAGCCUGCCAUCCUACCUAGCCCGGGCAGACUUCCUCUGCUCCACGGGUUGUAUGGACGUCCUGCGCUGCCUGGUGAAGCUCUUGCCCCAACAGGACCCUGAGCACGUGGUCCCCCAGUCCUCCACGCUGCUUCUGAAUGCUCUGCUGCACGUGCAGUGCCACACCCUGUCCACAGGAGAAUUCAGCCAGGAGGCACGCAGCCUCUUCAGACACAUCUGUCAGGCGCUGGUGAACGAGUGGGACGAGCAGGAGAGACGGAAGAGAGAGCAAGAGCAGCUUGAGGCCAGCCUCUACCGCAACCGCUCUCGACUACACGGCUCAGGACUGACGGAAGAAGAGCAGGAGGAGCGGGAGUUCAGACGCCAGUUCCCCCAGUUCAACAAGGACUUUGCAGACAUCACGUCCCAGCCGAGCCUGGAAGGCCCAGCAGACUCUGGGUUGGAGGAGGAGGAUAACGUCCAGGAGGAGUCCAUUGAGAGCAGCUUCCUGCCUCCGACUGCCAUGAACACGGUGCUCCAGGUGCACAAGCACCUGUGUCUGGGAUACGCCCGGUCACUGUGGUACCAGAGCACAGUCACGGCCAGUCACAGCAAAGAAUCCAUCAAAGUCCUGGUGUCCUCCUACCAGAUCGCUGCCCCUGUGAUGUCACGCUUCUAUCAUCUGAUUGAUGCUGAACUGGACCAGCAGUUGACCGGCAGUGAGCUGCUGCUCUCUGCCCUCCUGCAGAACACGGUGCAGGGCUCCGGGGGUCCCGAUGGUCUGAUUCUCACCUCAGAGGGACCUUAUGACUUCUAUCAGCAGCCCAACAUGAGCGAGGCCUGCUUCUGUCUCCCUGUUCUGGAGCAGCUGAGUGUGGCAGUGAGGAAGAGGCUAGACGACUGGCCAGAACACCCCGCACUCAUACAGCUGACUGUGGUGAUGGAGAGGAUCAUGGCUUUCAGUCUGGCCAGUCCACUUGCCAAGUUCCUUAACGGUCUGGAGAUUCUUCUCAGUAAAGCACAGGACUGGGAGAAUAACGCCAGCCGCUCAGUCUCCCUGCGGAAGGAACUGGAACCAGUCACCAUGCUAAUUAUCCAGUGGCGCAAACUGGAGCUCAAUUGUUGGUCAAGCAGUCUGGACAACGCAAUGAAGCGGCACACUGAGAAAUCCACCAAACACUGGUUCUCUAUCUACCAGCUGGUAGAGAGGUAUCUGGAGGAACAGAGAAUGGAGGCUAAUAAAGAUGAGGAGGUGGAGCACCUCUCCCUGUCCUCGGUGUCCUCCACUCUCCAGGCCUUCAUGGAGGGCUCCACCCUGGGCGAGUUCCACACCCGCUUGGCCAUGCUGCUCAGCUUCCACUGCCACCUACUUCUGGUGCCCAACCAGCCUGGACGAGAGUCUCUGUCCAGUCUUCUAUGGAACCUGAACAAAUACUACAGUCAGUUCUCUGACUGCAUCCAGAACAAAAUCAGUCAACUCAGGCAGCCCAUCGAGAAGGAGCUCAAGGACUUUGUCAAGAUCUCCAAGUGGAACGAUGUCAGUUUCUGGUCCAUCAAACAGUCAGUGGAUAAGACUCAUCGGGCUCUCUUCAAGUAUGUCAAGAAGUUCCAGGAGGCGCUGACUGGUCCCAGUCUUCCUGCUCUGGUGGAACAGGGAAGCAGCGCGAGCUUAGACAGUGUAGAUGCCAACCCUGAAGAAACACCCAUCCAUCGAGUUCACCGGGCUCUGAAGAGCAGCCUGCCCGGGAAGGGCAGAGAUCUGCAGGACGAGGGCCUGGAAGAAGGAGUUGAAGCGUCCUCUCUACAGGGACGUCUGCCUGUUCUGACCAGGAAGAUGAAGAAAAUAUGCACCCAGCACGUGAAGAAAAACCCGGUGCCUGAGCUGGCUGAAGACCUGGACUACUUCACCAGCGAGGUCAUCAGCAACCUGCGAGACUUGCAGAGCCUCAACGUCGACAUGUCAGCAGAGAAGGAGAAGCAGAAGGCCGAGGUCAAGCACAUCCUGCAGCAGAAGCAGAGAGCCCUGUCUGACCUGUUCAAGAUGCUCGCAGGCAUAGGUCUGUCUUACCGUAAAGGCCUGAUAUGGAACAGGACAGUCAACCCAGAGAAAACCCUCUGCAUGCAGCCGCUGGAGAUGAGCACUGCUCUCUCUGCUCCAGGCAACCACGAGCAGGCUGAGAGCAUGUUGUUUACAGAGCUGUUGGCCACAUGGGAUGGAUGUCAGAAGUACUUCUACCGUUCAUGGGCCAGGAGAACGGCCAUGCAGACUGCUCUGCAGCUCCCUGCAAAGGAGCUGGGUCUGGGAAACAUUGAGCGCUGUAGAGGCUUCACCUCUCACAUGUUCAAGCUGCUGCUCAGACAGAGGCUGCGGCUGACCACACUCACUGAGCAGUGGGUCCACCUCAGGAGGCUGACUAACAGCAUACAGGACAUCAAGGCCCACCUGCAGAGCCACAGCAAGGACCCAGGCUGCACCCUCCCGCCCCAGGCCUCUCUCCAGGGCUGGGUCAACAGAGGCCAGACGCUGGCCGCCCAGUGCACCACCCUCCUGCAGCAGCUGGCCUGGCUGCUGCAGUGCUGUCCCGAGGACCUCCAGCAGAAGGAGGAGACGAACAGCUGCAGUCAGCACACCCCGAGGUGCCCGUCCCCGCUGGCAGCCCACCGCCAGCCCCCCGGCUGUCUGAUGAGGAGGGGAGACGCCACUUGGUGCCAGCUCCACCAGCGCGUGACAGCAAUGUUGAGGCAGUCCGAGAGCCUGAAGGUGGAGCUGGACACUGUGGCCCAGCAGAGCUCUGAGAGAGUUCUCCACACAUGGAACCAUUUCGUAACGUGCUGCUCGGGCUUCGACCAGCUGGGGGUCGUAGCGGCUCAAAUGCCCGGCAUUGAGCGGCUCUUCAUCCCAGCCUCGCGUGUCGGGAGCGCAGAGAGCCAGGCGGCCAUCACACAGAGCCUGCAGUACGUCAGAGGACAGGUGGAGGCUAACAUCACUGAGUUCACCACCUGGAAGACCCAGCUGCUGUCUCUGGGUCACCAGCAAACAGAUCACCAGUCUGCCUUCUGCACUGAGCUCUCCGCUGAGCUGGAGACAAACAUCAACACGGUUCUGUGUGCUGUGCAGACACUUGUGAAGAGAAGGGAGAGGGAGCAACAGAAAGAGCAACAGAAAGAGCAGCAUGGAGACGUCAAGACAGAAGGUGCCGAAAAGGAGGAGCAGCAGGAGGAGGAGGGUGAAGAGCCCGUGGAGGACCUGCUGAAGCCCGGUCACCUGGCCCGUCUCAUGGAGGAGGAGCUGGAAGCGGAGGUGGAGGCCCUGUGUGUGGGGGACGUCAGUGCCCGGCUGGAGAGGCUGCUCGUUAGCCUGAGGACACACAGAGACGCAUGUCAACUGCCACAGCUCCAGGAGGUGAACAGGGCGUGCAGCAUGUUGGUGCGUCUGGAGCCUCUGCUGGGGAUUUACUCUGACCUGGUGCGUUACUACCUGGCCGUGUCGGUGGGAGCUCACAGGAGCACAGGCAAGCUGCUCUCUGUACUGGCCAGCAUCUUCACCGAGCUCGCCCAGAAGGGUUUCUGCCUGCCUCAGGAGCUGAUGGCCGGUGGAGAUGGAGAAGGCUCGACAGAGUUUCACGACUACGAAGGUGGUGGUAUCGGAGAGGGCGAGGGCGCCAAAGACGUCAGUGAUAAGAUUGAGAACGAAGAUCAGGUGGAAGACACCCUUCAGGAGGGCCAGGAAAAGGAAGAAGAACCGGACAAAGGGAAUAUCAAGGCGGAAGACAAUGCGAUUGAAAUGUCCGAGGACUUUGACGGCCAGAUGCAGGACGGGGAUGAGAAUGAACCAGGGGAGGACGAUGAUUCUGACAAAGAGGAUCAGGAGGAGCUGGACAAAAAGAUGGGCGACCUGGGUGAAGGCCAGACGGACACUCUGGAUGAGAGAAUGUGGGGAGACGAUGAGGAUGAUCAGGGGGAGGAAGGAAGUGACAAGGAGGAAGAGUCUGGCCAGGGCAUGGACCAGGGUGAAUCAGAGCUGGUUGCCAAGGAUGACAACCUGGAUGCUGCAGACCCAAACAAAGACAAGAAAAGCCAGGACAAAGACGAACAGAUGGGUGAGGAGGAGAAAGAGAAGAUCAAUGAGCAAGGAGAUGAGAGGGAGUUCGAUGAGAAUGAAGUGGAUCCCUACCACGGGAAGCAGGACAAGAGACCAGAUCCUGAGGCCAUGGAUCUGCCCGAGGAUCUCAAUCUGGACCAGGACGAUGAGCCUGGAGAUGACGGAGAGGGCGAGGGUGAUGAGGAGAAUCCCCUCGACAUCGGUGAGAAAGCCAUGGACCUGGAUGAGAAGGAGGACGGAGAGAAGGAGGGAGGGGAAGAGGAGGGAGCAGAGGAGGGGCAGGACGACCAGGCAGACCAACAGGGAGACGAGAAGGAGCAGGAGCCCAAGACUGAAGAGGAGGAGGGAGAAGGAGAGAAAGCAGAGGGAGACCAGGAGUCUGCCGAGAAAGACGAGGAGGAGGAGGAGAGGAGCGGACAGGAGGAAGGGAGAGAUGAAGAUCUGACUGUUAGAAACGAUAAGGGACUCAAACCAAAGGACGAAGAGGAGGAAGGUGGGGGUGAGGACGAGGAGCAGCCAGAGUCAGCUGAGAGGAAGGAGCAUAACACGGACGGUCAGACCGGAGAGGAGAACGUCCAGAGUGAUACAGCUGUGGAGCUGGCCGGAGAGGCGUCAGAGAGAGACCAGGCCAAAGAGGAGCAUGGGAGUGGGUCAGCGGACGCCAGCCAAGUAGAGGGUCACCAGUCAAAGCUGACGGCAAGAAUGUCCUCACAGACCCAGACUCAGAGCAAGACUCAGAGCUUCAAGAGAAAACCUGGUCAGGCGGACAACGAGCGAUCGACGGGCGACUACAACGAACGCAUAAACAAGCGGCUGCGCACAGUGGAGAGCAGUAAGGACAGGAGUGCAGACAACAGGCAGAGCGAUGCCCAGCAGGAGUCGGACCUGUACGAACACAUCCAACAGGGAGAGACGGCGUACGACACUCAGACAUAUGAUGUGGCCAGUGCAGACCAACAGAAAGCAGCAGGGACUAAGCAGGAUGAAGACCAGGAUGAUGAGGAUGUCGCCAUGGAGACAGAGGACCAGCAAGAAGACCUCCAAGCCGCCGAGGUCCAGGAACUGAAGCCUGAGCAGCUGGACUCUUCUAAGGCUUCACAGAAAGGUGUCGACAGUGGAGAGAUGGAGGUGCAGAGGCAGGGAGAGGAGGAGGAGGACCAGGAGAGAUGGAAGGACCGACAACCUCCAAGAGGAGAAGAGCGAGCAGAGAGGAGCACAGAAUCCACCAUUCACACGGUUCCAGAGCUGCUGUUGGACACCAUGCAGAAAAAUGAGAGCGACCCAGAUGAGAUGAGGAGGGAGAUGGAGCAGCAGCUGGAAGCCUGGCACAAGCUGGCUCCAGGAACUCAGGAGGAGGAGAGCACAGCAGCUUCCAUGUGGCAUCAGUACCAGACGCUGACCUCGGCCCUGUCCCAGCAGCUGUGUGAGCAGCUCCGCCUCAUCCUAGAGCCCACGCAGGCCGCCAAGCUCAAAGGGGAUUACCGCACAGGGAAGCGUCUGAACAUGAGGAAGGUGAUCCCCUACAUCGCCAGUCAGUUCCGCAAGGACAAGAUCUGGCUGAGGAGGACCAAGCCCAGCAAGAGGGAGUACCACAUCUGUCUGGCCGUGGACGACUCGUCCAGCAUGGUGGACAACCACUCCAAACAGCUGGCGUUCGAAUCCCUGUCUGUGAUCAUCAACGCUCUCACGCUGCUGGAGGUGGGACAGGUGUCUGUGUGCAGUUUUGGCGAGCAGGUGCAGCUGCUCCACCCCUUCCAGCAGCAGUUCAACGACGAGUCGGGCGCCCGGAUCCUCCGACUGUGUCAGUUCCAGCAGAAGAAGACCAGGAUAGCCCAGUUUUUGGAGACGUCAACCAAAAUGUUCCUCGCAGCUCGGCAGCAGAUCCCAGGAUCUUUAAACUCAGACACGGCCCAGCUGCUGGUCGUCGUGUCCGACGGCAGGGGCCUCUUCCUGGAGGGGAAGGAGCGGGUGACGGCCGCCGUGCGCGCAGCCCGCGGCGCCAAUGUGUUCGUCAUCUUCGUGGUCCUCGACAACCCAAACUCACGGGACUCCAUCCUCGACAUCAAGGUGCCCAUAUUCCGGGGGCCGGGAGAGCUCCCAGAGAUCCGCACCUACAUGGAGGAGUUCCCAUUCCCCUUCUACGUCAUCCUGCGAGACGUCAACGCCCUGCCGGAGACGCUGAGCGACGCGCUCAGGCAGUGGUUUGAACUCGUCACGGCGGCCGACCAGUAGACCGACGAGAAGCCAUGUUUUCACCUGAAGGGAGGAGUGGGCGGCAGCCAACUGCACAGUGCCACUCUGCUGCUAAGCUCCUCGUCAAGAACUGGAAAUAAACAGGAGCGAGAGACGGACUUGCCGCUGUACAUGUGCCUUUACUUUCUGAUUUUUACUGUAGAUUUUAGUCGAGUUCAAUGGCAACCUUUGCUGUUUCUUUUGUAAUGUAACGAGGAUUGUUUUAACUUGCACGUCUUUGAUGAAACGAUAGAAAGAAAAAUGUGAUUUCAUUGCGUGUGAACCAGCCUGAGUGAAGAGUCGGUACAUACCUCUGUCCACCUUGUACAAUGCCCCCGAUCCUUUGUUUGUGUGUGGAUGUGAUCGUCAGAGGUGCAGACAUCAUUCAUAUUCAGUGUGAAACACUUUGUGUACAAGGAAGCCUCGACCCACCAGUAGCAUGUUGCCGUGGUCACGACGAACGCUCGAAGGAACUCAAUCAUGUGCCUUGGAGAGGAAACGAGUGUUGCAUCUCUGCUCACAGCGGAAUCAGCUGUCAGAGGCGCAGCCACAGCUCUGUCAAGACUUUUUUAGGAACUCACUUCUCACCCACUCUGAAGCACAGGGACGGUUCGGCAGAUUGCAGCUGUGAAUAAACGCUGUGAAUAAAACCAGUUUUUCUUUCGUGAUCUGAAGAUGACGUAUCUGCCGCGUUGAUCUCCCAUCCGUACCAUGUGACUUCUGCCGAGCGACAGCUCACGGCCGUGUCUGUUCGGAGUCGGUGUGUAGAGGAAAUGUUGAUCAUCAGCUCUCGUGUUUCGUAACGUGAACAUACCUGUAAACAGACUCUGGUCAUAUUGUAGAGAUUUGUUUCUUCAUUGCAUCCAACUGUUCAACCAAUGAUCCUGACAAAUAAACCGUUAACAGAG